AUGGACAGACGCAGGUACUCUAUUGACGAUCUACUGUUCGACGUCUGCACUGAAGAGGAAAGUCAAGAUCUUCAUCCAGAGAUAGAUCGCAGGUGGCCAGUGCCUACUGACCCGCUUGAUAGCAGCUGCUUCGAUCUGAUUAGCCAAUGGAUACACCAGUGCACGAAACAUACAGUCUGCUCUAGAUCUACACCAGUAGCUCUGCCAAAGCGGGUUAUCGAGAUACCAGCCGAUCCUUCUGUAUCGCCUAGACUGCGAAUCACCAACGGCGAGUUGGGUCAAUACGUGAUUUUAUCUCACUGUUGGGGUAACAAAGGCAUCGCAAAACUUACAGACUCACUAGUCGCUCGAUAUCAAGAAGCCAUCCAACUUGAACUGCUUCCCAGAAGCUUCAAAGACGCAAUGGAGAUCACGCGGCGACUAGGCUUUCGCUACCUCUGGAUCGAUGCACUGUGCAUCAUCCAAGGCAAUGCUGAGGAUUGGGCGCACGAAGCAGCGAGAAUGGCAUUAUACUAUGGGCUUUCGGCGCUCAUGAUCUCUGCAACUGUUGCUGAGGAUAGUAGCAAAGGAAUCUUAACAGACCGGAGUGUGCCUUACUCGCCCGUCUUAGGGAAGGGAAAGAAGUAUUGCUUGCGCCAAAGACUACUUCGUUGGGACUGGGAUAUUAAAAGAUCUGUUUUGGCUACUCGUGGCUGGACUGCGCAAGAAAGGAUGCUAGCCCCUCGCAUCCUGCACUAUACAAAACGGCAAAUAAUCUGGGAAUGUGCGGACGGGCUUAAAUUUGAAGCAUCAGCUAUCUGUGACAAGCAGAUUGGCUCUGGGCAGGUUGACUGGCAUUUUCAUAAGUCAAACCUACAACCUUACGUGGCAAAGGCUUUAAGUGUGAUGAAUCCCGGAUGGUGGAGACCGGCCGACUACACCGGUUCAUAUCUCGGGGUCAAAAUCACAGUAGAGUCAUUGCAUCAGCUCCGAACAUGGCAACAAUGCGUUGACGAGUAUUCCUCGCGGUCGCUAACUGUACCCACCGACAAACUCCACGCCCUGGCUGGCGUCGCGUCAGUCCUUAACCACAACUAUGUACUCGGCAACUACCUAGCCGGUCUUUGGAGCCUACGUCUUGCAGCAAGCCUAGACUGGGCUCGGCCAUGGGCUCUUCUUUCUUCGCCGCCAGUAUACACAGCACCGAGCUGGAGUUGGGCAAGCGUGAACGGCGCGGUCAGCUCUUCGAUCUUGGGAUCACACCUGGAGAUCCUGCUCCCGCCUACAGACGAGUUAGGGAAGACAUGGGCUGAGAUGUUUGAGCUGAGAUUGAUCAAGCAUCACAUGGUAUUGCAAGACGAGUUUAACCCUUACGGUGCUGUUCUAGAAGGUUCUUACAUCAUUGUAGAGGGCACGUGUAUUACACACAGCGAGUUCGUUCGGUUGUCAGAAGACAUAUUUAGAGAUAGCUUUAGUGGUCCUACUAUUGUUCUUGAUAGGAGUAACACGUACGACUGUUCUUGUUGCGGGCCGGGUCGGCAGGAGAAGGACUAUGAGAAUGUGAAUUUUGGGGCGCAACCGCAGAGUACUUCGCUGGAACCUGCACUUCCUUACGACUUCUGCAUGUUCUUGAUUGCCGAUGCGUGGCGCAACCCGAGAGGCUUUGUGGAUAUGUUAUUGCUUCGUUGGGUCGAUGAAGAGGCGAAAGUUGCUGAAAGAGUUGGACUUGUAAGGAUGGCGAUAUGGCAGGGAGAGGAAGAUCUUAGUCACUUUGAUCGUAGAUUUGGGGCGGGUGCGUGGAAACGGUGGACGCUAAAGCUUGUUUAA